AUUUCAUCACAGUGACUCUUCCCUCCUCUAUUUCCCCCAUCGUCCCCCGCCAUUUUCCUCUUCUUUUGCGCUUCUGCAUCCAUCCUCCUUUGCCUUUUGCCUCAUUCUAAGCCAGCCCAUAGACCUCAAUGCCUGCCUACUAACCCAUGGCUCAUACUACUUUGGCAGUGACACCCUGACGCGAAGCACAACACAGCCAGCACAACACAACAUAACAUACACCUAAGGCAAUCGACUAUCACUGGUGUGGCUACCAACUAGCUCGCUCAACCACUUGGGGAUUUCUCUGGGUUCGACCUGCCUCCUUCUUCAGACUCGGUGCUGGCUUGACAAAGAUCUCACGCUAGUAUCUGUCAUCAGUCGUCCGACCCGGAUCCCUUAUUGGACCCUGGACUCAACGCUUGUUUGCGCUGGAUAGCUAUUGAUCUCAGCCCAAUGUAUGCUUUUUGAUUCCUUUGAUUCUUCGGGUUGCCGUGUCUCUCCUAUGUGUCCUACCCAGUCCCAUCGACAGUGUUGGGUCGGGAACCUUGUUGUCCCUUCCAAAGUCGAACAACCUUAGCCCUCCCGUCUAUCAACUCGGGCAGAACAUGAUGUACUGCUAUAAGACAACAGCUAACUAGAGGAGCUAGCCGCCCUUGAAUCGCCUUGGCGUGUGUUGUUCAUCUAUACGCCCAUUCCUGGGCUCCCAGUUAGUGCCAGCAGCGGUCCUGCUCAGAUACACAGCACGGUUCGAAAUCGUCUACACUUAACGCAUCCAUUCACUCUGAUAGCUACAUCAACACUCUGCCCGCAGAAUGGACUCCUUUAGCCCUUCACAGGAACAACGAGGCGGCGCCAAUGUAUCCCCGCAGGCGGCUCAACAGCAGAGCUCGAACCUGGCUGCUCUGGGUCAGCAGAGACACCAGACCACGAACCCUUUUUGGCAAAACUGGGCUGGAGAUGAUCCCUGGAACCAUCUUGCCUUCGGUGCGCCUAAUGAUGGCCAGACCCGCUCGCAACUUAUUGGAUCCGCCAACUUUCAAACAUCGUAUCAAGACUAUCGGAGCAAACCACUUUUAUCAGAAUGUGAUACCAACCCAGAGGAUUCGGCUUACGGCAGCCGCUUGACUCAUAGCAUUGGAAACCCUUCUGCAUAUGGUGAAGAUAUGGACCCUGAUGUCCAAAAUUUGGAACCUCAACAUUCGGAUGCCCAGCUUGUCAACAGAAACUUAGAAACUCUCCAACUGCAGUGUCAACCAGCCUCCAACGAUGCUCACUUAUAUCAAGACCAAUGGGUCCGACCUUACCCGCCCGCAAGCGUUGCAACGGCCCCGGUUGGUGGAGAACGACGUUGGAUCUGUGGUGACUGCCAGAAACGAUGCCGUACACGUUCCGAGCUAAGAAAACACGAAUUGAAACAUUCUCUUCCUUGGCACUGUGACGUUACAGGCUGCUCACGUGAGAAAGGCUUCACGUCCAAGAACGAUCUCGACAGACAUAAGAGAACCGUACAUAGCGACCGCACUGUUUCUGGUCGUACCUUUGUGUGUAAUAUUGGCAACUGUGCGAAGAAAAGUAAAAUCUGGCCAAGGGCAGACAACUUCCGGUCACAUUUGCAGAGAAUUCAUGCAAAGACAUAUUCAGCCAAUGACGAUCUAUCUGAAUAUGUGCAUCGUCCAGUUCCGUCACAAGAUCUCGAGGGUGUGGGUGGGAGUGCUAUGGCAUAUCUCCAGGCACAGGAACAAUUACCUGGUCUGGCUCAUCCCUCAACAAUCCUAUCCUUCCGUGUGUCUUAUGGUGAACGACGGGCUUCACAACCCCAAUCUGUUACCAGUAAUCCUCCUCGAGGACCACCCUCUUUAUCUUUUGAUCGAGAUGCAUCAAGCCUUGCAACGGUACGAGAAGGUGAUGAGAGCUUCGCUCACCCUGACAUUGUCCAUGGACGCAGUGCUCUGCCACCGAAUCAAUGGCCGGCAUCUGCUUCUGAGGAGGAUGCGCCUGGUGACGAUGUCACCGCUUCUGAAGCUGAACAGCCUGACGAUGAUGCAUUAGAAACUAUGGACGGCGUGCAGCAAGUUGAAGGAGCAACUGCAGAUGUCUCUCAUGAAAAUGGGGACCUAGGAAGCCAACAGGCUGAUGUCAGAAUGGUUGACGCUGACGAAGCCCAACGGACUCCUAAAGCAAUUCCCCCACAAGAGAAGGAAAGUGAAACACCGUCCGAUCUGAGCCCAGAAUCAGCAUACGAUGACCUUCUUGAUAAAAUACCAAAAGAACUUAUCGCAAGCUAUCUGAAGAAGAAGCGGUUCGCAGGCCUCGGAGAGGAGGCCUCAAAACCAGACACAGUGAGCAGCAAGAACCAAACACAUCCUCACAAAUGCCAGGAGUGUGACAAAGCAUUUCCUCGUCUGUGCGAGCUGAAAAAGCACCAGAAGAGGCAUUCAAAACCAUACGGUUGCACUUUUGCCGAUUGUAAAAAGACAUUUGGAAGCAAGAACGAUUGGAAGAGACACGAAUCGAUUCAGCAUUAUCAACUUGAGACAUGGAUAUGUGACUGCGCCAAGUCUGAUUCUGCUGAGCCUUGUGGCAAGGUUUGCUACCGCCGCGAGAGCUUCCGGAACCAUCUUUCGAAGGAACAUGAGAUUACAGAUACCAGUAAGCUCGAAGAAAAAGUUGAAGGCUGUCGAAAGGGUCGUCACUGCGAUGCUCACUUUUGGUGCGGCUUCUGUCGGGAAACUGUUGAGAUUAAAGAGACGGACAACACCUGGGCAAAACGUUGCGACCACAUCGACGACCAUUUUUCUGGCCGUCGUGUACCCAAGAGAGACAUCAGGGAGUGGAUACAUGAGAAGGACCACAGUAUUGUUCCCUCGGCUCCCCAGAUGGACGAGUCUGGAUCCUCAUCUGAAUCAUCCCCAUGUGACCCAGUAUCUCCUCAGAGCCCUGUCUCUACAGAAAACAGUGGUGAAGAUCGCCGAGGUAGAAAGAAGGAUAUGUAUAUGUGGACAUGUUGUAAUUGCGCUGUUGAAAAUAGUUUCAGCAACAACACGUUGUGCUGCGAGUGCAACCAACGUUCGUGCAAGAACUGCACUUGGCACGCAAUUCCAUCUACAAGUGACACUUAGCUUAUUGUGUCAGUGCGUCAAUGUUAUACUAUAAUCUACGGAUGUUCCCUUUUCUGUUAUUAUUGAUGCGAAUGAUAUACCCCCGUCAUGUGGCAUGUUUGGAUAUUUACAAUUUAUAAGAUUCAGAAGGUCGUUUUUGCUUGGGAAACACUUGUAUUCAUAAUAGAAUGAAUUUCAUCUUAACUCCACCUUCUGCAGCUUCCAACAAGGCUAGGAUGUGCGGAAAUAAAGAGCAUGUUGAUCCAUAGCAAUGCUAUAGGCCCGGCAGUGGCUAGGGCAAUUGUAAGCUGGGCAACUUUACUCCUGAUAUAUCACGAAUCAUUAGUGGGAGUCUGCUCCGGGGUAUUACCAAACGAACCCCGUAAGAUCAACAAAGUCAAGAAGACAGGGGUAUCGGUCAACUUCGAAUGCCGUCCGCAUCCUCGAAUAGUGUCCUGGCGCAUACGACGUAUUUCCACUUUUGUUGACCACCAGCUGGCAUGGCGCGGACUAUUGUCUCAGUCUCAAGCCACUCCAACAGGCGCCCCGGAUAAGCUCCCGGGGCGUGAUCCAGGGCAGCCAUGAGGUCCAUGUGGAUGAGAUGCUUCAAAGCUGAACCCGACCGACGAGUUGCAUCGCCGGGCAUCUGUUCUAUGUGUGUCACAGGCGCAUAAUGAUCCAUCGACGACAAAAGGAACUAUUGGCAUUGGAAGGGUCAGCCAAUGCACCGCUGUGAGUUUCUGGUAGUUGCUCAUUUCCCCAGGAGCCGCUUUGGGUAGUCUACAUCACUUGUCAUGUUACACAAGGGACCACUGACAUGACCCUUGCUCUCUCAACGGGGCAUGGGGUUGAAAAAAGAAUGUAUAACUGUACAACAGAGUAGAUAGGCUAUCUCGCAGGGGUUACCCACGGAAGAUAAGAUCUGCACCACAUUUGGGGAAGGGACCGAUCCUCCCGACGCUCGAGUGUGCCCAGAUAUACAUCUCAAUAACUAGUAUCAUCAAGUGUAAUACAAAGGCCAAAGGUUUCUGCACCACCUUGACCAUCCCAUGAAGCAAGAUGGCCAUGAGAGUGGUAUCUCGAUGGCUAUGGAAUGAACAAGCCGAACGACUGAGAGCUUUGGGUGCCCUUAGACUGCCAGAUUACUGGUGACAAGUGAGUUCACGCCUACAACGGCGGCUAAUGGUUCCGCUUGACAUCCAAUCCUGACAAGUUGCAUUUCCUAGUUACAUAGUAGUUGAGAGUGGUACAGAGCUGACUCUGACUCGAACCAGGUUGUAAAGAGGCUGAAGGGCUGGCUGUGUGCAUUGAAGUUGACCUGAAUCCAUGCACUCGGUUCAUCCUGUCAGAUCAAGAUAUCGAGAUUCAAGACGUAAGUUUACGUAUUCGU